AUGGGCCAUAAUAUUGAGCAGUACACCUGGGCAAGUGAGUUGAAGCCUUUACUUUCUAAGGCCAUGAACAAGAUCAUGAAGUCUAAUCCAGCCCUGUAUGUUUUAAGAGAGCGCAUUAGAAAAGGGCUACAAUUGUAUUCUUCGGAACCUACAGAACCUUACUUUUCAUCUCAAAAUUAUGGGGAGAUAUUCAGGAAUCGGAUAAUCUGGUUUGUGGAUGACACGAAUGUGUAUUGUGUCACGAUACACAACACAUCUAAGGGAAAUCUUACGACAGAACCCUUCAACGGUGCCAUUUUCAUAUUUAACCCGAGAACUGGGCUACUAUUUUUGAAGGUCAUUCACACGAGUGUAUGGGCUGGACAAAAGCGUCUUGGUCAUCUGGCCAAGUGGAAAACUGCUGAAGAAGUUGCUGCUCUCAUCCGGCCUUUGCCUGUUGAAAAGCAACCGGAACAAAUCAUUGUGACACGGAAUGGAAUGUUGGAUCCUCUUGAAGUGCACUUGCUUGAUUUCCCAAAUAUCGUAAUCAAAGGAAGUGAGCUUCAACUGCCAUUCCAGGCCUGCUUGAAGAUUCAUAAAUUUGGUGAUCUGAUCCUGAAGGCCACAGAGCCGCAGAUGGCAAAAUUGUUGCUAAAGCCUGACAAGACUAUCACCACUGAGCCCCACCAUAUCUGGCCUUCUUUAUCAGAUGAUCAAUGGACAAAG